CCCCAUUCUCCUUUCUUUCUUUCUCUUCUACAUUUCUCGCCAUGAGCUCCUCAAACAAGAGCAGCAUUAAGAAUGGUGACACCCAUAACUCCCUUCAGCUGGAAUCGGGGUCACGAGAACAGCCAAGUCCAAUCUGGAAGCUGGUGGCGGUGGCCUCCAUCGCUGCUGGAAUCCAGUUUGGCUGGGCUCUACAACUUUCCCUCCUAACACCUUAUAGCCAGCUUCUCGGAGUACCUCACCAAUGGUCUUCUUUCAUCUGGCUUUGUGGCCCCAUUUCUGGCAUGAUUGUCCAGCCAAUAGUGGGUUACUACAGCGACAGAUGUACAUCCAAACUCGGCCGCCGUCGACCUUUUAUCCUUGCAGGCGCGGCUGCUGUCGCCAUAGCUGUUUUUCUCAUUGGCUUUGCCGCCGACAUUGGCCACGCCUUUGGGGACAAUCUGACCAAGAAAACCCGUCCACGCGCGGUAGCCAUUUUUGUGAUCGGGUUCUGGAUCUUGGAUGUGGCGAACAACAUGCUCCAAGGCCCCUGUCGAGCGUUUCUUGGUGACCUUGCCGCGGGAGACGAACGGAAAACGAGAUUGGCAAAUGCGUUCUUUUCAUUCUUUAUGGCGGUAGGAAGCGUACUGGGUUACGGCGCGGGUUCCAUUGACAGCCUCCACAAAGUGUUCCCAUUCACGCAAACAAAAGCGUGUGAUGUGUUCUGCGCAGACCUGAAAAGCUGCUUCUUCUUCUCGAUCAUCUUGCUGCUGGUGUUAACGGGUGUGGCUCUGUUCUAUGUGAAGGACAAACAAGUAUUACGUGAGAAAUCACGUAUGGGAGAAGAGGAAGAUGAGAGGUCCGUAGUGGUUGCAUGCUUCGGAGAAAUGUUAGGGGCACUGAAGGGGCUGAAGAAGCCAAUGUUAUUAUUGAUGGCAGUUACAGCAAUAAACUGGUCGGCGUGGUUCUCAUACUUUCUUUACAAUACUGAUUGGAUGGGUAAAGAGGUAUACGGUGGGAAAGUUGGGGAUCAAGCGUAUAAAGACGGUGUCCAGAAGGGUGCUUUGGGUCUUUUGAUAAACUCAGUGGUUUUGGGUGUUAUGUCUUUGGGUGUGGAGCCCAUUGGACGUGCAGUUGGUGGCGCCAAGAACCUAUGGGGAAUUGUCAAUUUAAUCCUUGCCGCUGGUUUGGCCAUGACUGUUUAUAUCAGUAAGGUAGCUAUGCAUGAGCGCCAUCUUAACCCCCGCUAUAUUGGUCAUCCCUCCACCGGUGUUCAAGCUGGAGCCUUGUCUUUCUUUGCCGUUCUCGGCAUCCCUCUUGCGAUAACAUUUAGUAUUCCAUUUGCAUUAGCAUCUAUCUACUCAAGUGAAUCGGGUGCAGGACAAGGUUUAUCUCUGGGAGUUCUCAAUCUUGCAAUUGUGAUUCCACAGAUGAUAGUGGCAUCAAUCAGCGGACCAUGGGACAAAUUAUUUGGAGGUGGUAAUUUGCCGGCAUUUGUAGCAGGUGCGGUGGCGGCUGCCGUGAGUAGCAUAAUGGCAAUUUUUAUGUUGCCGUCUACGAAGCAAUCAGAAGCGGCUAAAGCUGCACUUCCCAUGGGUGGUUUCCAUUAGGUUGCAAUAUUUUUGUGAAGAUCAGAAGGGAGCAUUUAAUUUUCAAGGUUCCCUUCUGUUUUUCCUUUUUUGGGGUGGAAGCCAUACUUUUUACUGUAAUUUUAGAUUGCCUUUGGUGCUUUAAUUGAUUAAUUAGGGAUUGUGCUUGUUGUAAUAAUGUAGAUAACGCUGUUCUUGCAAGAGUUGUGUUAUGUUCAUCGCUUGUUUUUGGUCUUUUUUCGGUUCUAAUA